CAGGACUUUUCACCCAGUCUACGUAGACAAGGGAAGGGUUGCUUACAUGUAUUAUGUGCUCAUGGACAGUCCUAACCUCUUGUUUUUCUAUUACAGACAUGGCUUAAAUGUUUUCUAGAAUCCAGGAUUAAUUUAUUUAUAGAGCUAUAAGUCUGUGUCAGAGUUAACAGAAGUUGAAGUGACAAUAAUUCCACCAAACCGAGAACAGAAAGGACAUCUUAUAAGAAUGAAGACAACAUUCUUUUGGAAGGCUCAGUCUAUAGUGUGUAUAUAUAUAUACACACAUACACAAAGCAUCAGUGAAAUGCAGCAUCCUCCAAGAUACCUGUGCAGUCCUUGAGUUACACUCACCAUGUCCGUGGCGGAGUUUGUGGCUGGCUGGAUUUCAGGAGCUGUGGGGCUGGCCUUGGGGCACCCAGUGGACACAGUGAAGGUGCGGCUGCAGACACAGUCUGGCUACCGGGGGAUCCUGGACUGCGUGAUGAGAACGUACCGCAACGAAACGGUUCGAGGCUUCUUUAAGGGGAUGAGUUUCCCACUGCUGAGUGUGGCUGUAGCCAACUCAGUGAUAUUCGGGGCCUACAGCAAUGCCCUGUUGUACCUGACUGCCACCCACCACCGUGACCGCAGCACCAACCCCCCCAGCUACGCCCACAUCCUCACUGCUGGCUGCUUCUCUGGCCUGAUGCAGGCCGUGGUCCUGGCUCCUGUUGACCUGAUCAAAGUUCGGCUACAGAACCAGACUCACCCCUAUUGGCUGAGGAGUCCAGCGAUGGGCCCUGGAGCCCACUACCGGGGCCCACUGCACUGUGGUGUCAGCAUAUUCCGCAAGGAGGGGGUGCUGGGCCUGUUCCGGGGCACCUGGGCCCUAGUGCUGCGAGAUACACCCACCAUGCCCAUCUACUUCCUCACCUACGUCAGCCUAUGCCAGGCUGUGACAGCGCAGGGGCGGGAACCUGGGCCGAUAACAGUUCUCGUGGCUGGCGGCUGCGCAGGCACAGCCUCCUGGGCCUUAGCCACGCCCAUGGAUGUGAUCAAGGCCCGGCUGCAGAUGGACGGCAUGAAGGGUGUGUCCUAUCGCGGGGUCUUGGAUUGCAUCCACACCAGCAUUCGGCAUGAGGGACCCCAGGUCUUUCUAAAGGGCCUGUCCCUGAACAGUAUCCGUGCCUUCCCCGUUAAUGCGGUGACUUUCCUGAGCUAUGAGAACAUCCUGAAACUCCUCUGCUGAGUCGCACACCUGCAUCGCCUCCUGCUGAGGGGAAGUGCCUCCUGCUGAGCCCCCUGCAAGACAGCUGCCAAGCACGGCACUGGGGCCAGCACUGACUGCAAGUAUGUCUACACUACAAAGUUAAUUCGAACUAAUAGCCGUUAGUUCAAAUUAACUUUCA